CUGUUGGGUGGACAGAGAUGGCCAGCCAGAGCGAGGUGAUUGACCGGUUGAGGACUACGUUCCGGUCGGGCGUGACCAUUCCAGAGCAGUUCCGUAUGACCCAGCUCCAGAACCUUCUCUUCCUGGUCGAAGAAAACGAGCAGCUGAUACAAGAUGCUCUCCAUAAGGACCUCCAUAAGGUACUACUAUACACUCAGACACACAUAGCCUACUAUACACCCUAUGUCCCCUCUGCCUCCCUCUCUCCACCUCUCAUUAUUUCCUCUGUUGGUUGCCUCUUGUCCUCUUUCCCUGUCCCUUCUUCUUCACUUCUCCCCUCUUAUCUCUGUUUUUCCUGUUCCCUCUCUCCUGCUAUUGUUUCACCUUCACCUGUUCAGUCUUUGGUUAACACAAACAUUUUGCUACACCCGCUAUAACAUCUGCUAAACACGUGUAUGUGACAAAUAACAUUUGAUUUGAUUCUCCCCUCUCUCCCCCCAUAGCCCAAGUUUGAGUCAGUCCUGUCAGAGAUUCAGAUAACGCUGAAUGACCUGUACUUCGCCAUGGAAAACCUCAGGACCUGGAUGCAGCCGGAAUACAACAUUGGCAAGAAUCUGGUAUAGAUUCCGUCGACAUUCACUGUCAACUGUUUGACUCUACCACUUUUUACUAUGUCUCAACAUGUAAACACACACAAUUGGAAUAUUUUUUACUGACAUGCUGCUUCUGUAAUAACUGUCCAAGAAAACCCUUUUUCCUCUCCAUCCUUUUAGGCCACUAGGAUGGACGACUGUUUCAUACGCAGGGAACCCUUGGGGGUAGUUUUAAUCAUCGGGGCGUGGAACUACCCUCUCCAUCUUAUUCUCUUACCUUUGGUUGCUGCAAUUGCUGCAGGUACACAUAUAUCAUUUGUAUACCUAUAGGCUUUGUUAAUAAUAAUGGAUUGGAUUUAUAGCGUUUUUACAGUAGCUCAAAGCAUUUUACAUCCACCACCAAUGUUGCCUUGUCAGUAAUGUACAGUACCAGUCAUAAGUUUGGACACCUAUUCGUUCAAGGGUUUUUCUUUUCUUUUUUACUAUUUUCUACAUUGUAGAAUAAUAGUGAAGACAUAAAUUAUGAAAUAACACAUGGAAUCAUGUAGUAACCAAAAGUGUUAAACAAAUCAAAAUAUAUUUUAGAUUCUUCAAAUAGCCACCCUUUGCCUUGACAGCUUUGCACACUCUUGGCAUUCUCUCAACCAGCUUCACCUGGAAUGCUUUUCCAACAGUCUUGAAGGAGUUACCACAUAUGCUGAGCACUUGUUGGCUGCUUUUCCUUCACUCUGCGGUCCAACUCAUCCCAAAUCAUCUCAAUUGGGUUGAGGUUGGGGGAUCGUGGAGGCCAGGUCAUCUGAUGCAGCACUCCAUCACUCUCCUUGGUCAAAUAGCCCUUACACAGCCUGGAGGUGUGUUGGGUCAUUGUCCUGUUGAAAAACAAAUGAUAGUCCCACUAAGCCCAAACCAGAUGGGAUGGCGUAUCGCUGCAGAGUGCUGUGGUAGCCAUGCUGGUUAAGUGUGCCUUGAAUUCUAAAUAAAUCAGUGUCACCAGCACACCUGUGAAGUGAAAUGCAUUCCAGGUGACUGCCAUGAAUGUGCAAAGCUGUCAUCAAGGCAAAGGAGGCUACUUUGAAGAAUCUCAAAUAUAAAAUGUAUUUUGAUUUAACACUUUUCUGGUUACUACAUGAUUCCAUAUGUGUUAUUUCAUAGUUUUGAUGUCUUCACUACUAUUGUACAAUGUAGAAAAUAGUAAAAAUAAAGAACCCCUUGAAUGAGUAGGUGUGUCCUAACUUUUGACUGGUACUGUAUAUGUAAAGUGAAUGCUUAUUCUCUUAGCAUGUCAUUAUUGAUUAGGUUUUUGUGACGAUGACAUGAUAUUUAUUCCAUGAUGUCAUGAACCAGGAAACUGUGCCAUUCUGAAGCCGUCAGAGAUCUGUCAGGCCACCGAGCAACUCCUGGCAGAACUCCUCCCCAAAUACCUGUCUCAGGUAACACACACACACUGCUUUGGUUCCUCCCUGCUUCUUGUGGAUCAUCAGUGGAAUGCAGCACAACUGUGCCAUAUUUGCUAUACUAUACCCACCCACCCAUUUAUCACUACUGUCACUUACUGUUUGUUUUUAAUGUUUGAGUUUUGCCAUCUGAUUAUUGCAGGACUGCUAUGCAGUACUAUGUGGGGGAGCAGAGGACACCAAGUCAUUGCUGAAUAAUAAAUUUGACCACAUCUUCUACACAGGUAAAGUCAGACAGAGGACUCCCUAGACCAAUGAUAUGUAUUACCUCAAUUCCUGUUUUUAGUAUGUUUUGUGUUUCAAAAUGUCGGCUGUAUGCCCCUUUUAUCACCUUUUCCACCUCUCUCGCACACUCUUGCAUACCUUUUCCCCCUCCUCUCCCUUCACCCUCCCCCAUCUCCUCCCCAGGUUCCCAGGCAGUAGCCCGCUCCAUCCUGCUAGCGGCGGCGCCUCACCUGACCCCCGUCACCCUGGAGCUGGGCGGCAAGAGCCCCUGCUUCAUCUAUGGCCGUAUCGACAUCCAGAAGGCUGCCAAGCGCCUGUGCUGGUCCAAGUUCUUCAACACCGGCCAGAGCUGCGUGGCGCCAGACUACCUCCUCUGCACAGCCCAGACCCGGGACGCCCUGCUGCCCGCCCUCCAGGAGACUCUACAGACCUUCUACGGGCUGGACCCCGGGGUGAGCCCAGACAUGGGGCGCAUCGUCACCCAGCGCCACUGGAGACGCCUGGUGGACAUGCUGGGGAAGUCCAAGGGGAAGGUGGUGAUCGGAGGGGACAGCCGCGAGGAGGACCGGUAUAUCGGUGAGUUUGGGUGGGAUACAGGAGAGGACUAUGAGAUGCAGGCAGUGGUGUUGAGUUUGGUUUGUAUACUGCUGCCACCUUGUGGGUGUGAAUGCAAGUUGAAAGAUUGUUGAAAUAGGUUUAGGUGGUAGCCUUGCUGUUAAAGUGGCUUGACUUUCAAAUAUGAGUAAGCGGGCAUAUAGAAGCUAAUGCUUGCUGACCAAGUGGUGUUUCUAGCUCCCACAGUGUUGGUGGAUGUGCAGGAGUCAGAUGCUCUGAUGCAGGAGGAGAUCUUUGGCCCCAUCCUGCCCAUCCUAACCAUAGAGUCUCUGGAGGAGGGCAUAGACUACAUCAACCGCCAAGAGAAACCCCUGGCUCUCUACGUCUUCUCUGACGAGACCUCGGUACAUUACAGCACAUAGAGGACCUUCAUUACAGCACAUAGAUGUUUUUUCUCAUAUCUAUUUUCUAAUGUUAUAGUCAUGGUGGCCUCCUCCACAGAGCUCCUAUAAUUUAAAGUUGGUUAUGUAGUUCUAUGGCCGCCUCUGCCUUCACUGUGGCUCCACUCUUAUGGAAUAAAUGCACGUUCCUCCCCUCUCGCUGUCAGGUGGUGACCACAGUGUUGAACAAUACCAGUAGUGGGGGUUUCUGCGGCAAUGAUGGUAUAGUACACAUGGCCUUGCCAGGCCUGCCCUUUGGAGGAGUUGGUAAGUGUGUGUCUGACAAUGUAAAUAAAGUAGUCAUUAUCAGAAGAAAAGCACUAGACAUGGAUCUGAUCACCGUGUAUCAUGUUGCCCUGUCAUCUACCCUCCAGGUGCCAGUGGGAUGGGCAGUUACCACGGCCGCUGGGGCUUUGAGACGUUCAGCCACAGGCGGGGCUGUAUGAACCGGAGCUGGUUGCUGGAGAGGGUCAACGUCCUGCGCUACCCGCCCUACAGCGACUACAACCUGGGCUGGUUGCGCUGGGCCACCACCUUCAAGAAGAACAGCUGGGGAGGCUGCUCAGUCAUGUGAAUGACACUCGGUGCGUGCAUGACUGUACUCCCAAAGCCAAAUGGGCUUUCCUUAAAGGUCCAAUGCAGCCAUUUUUAUCUCAAUAUCAAAUCAUUUUUGGGUAACA